AUGCCUCUCCUUAGUGGAAAGGGUAACAAGUUCAAGGUCGACCCGCCCAAGAUCCGCAUCGAAAAGGUCACCAUAGAGCGUCCCGCGCCUCCGAAGCCCAAGCCCAAGCCCGCAUCCCGACCCGCGCUCUCGUCGUCUGCGCGAUCAUCGCCCGUCCCCAGGCUCUCGCCCAAGGCCCCCUCGGCCUCUGCGGCGUCGUCAGCGUCUUCCAGGGCAAAGAGCAGCUCGCCGUACCCCUCUUCGGCAGACGAGAGGCGCCUCGACCUGCAGCGCAAACGCAAGGCCGUCAGCGCGUCACAACGCCGUUCACCUGCCAGCGACCGCAUCGAGUUCGACAAGGACAGCGACGCCGAAGACGAUGGGUGGAUGGAUCUGGAUUCGCACAAGCGCCAGCGCAAGGCCACUAGCGAGAGCAAGUCGGUCGAUUCGAAUCGCAAGUUGAAGAACGCCAGGGCGUUUGAGCGCAAGGAUGAGAGGCUGCAGUUCAUCCAUGCCGUUGACGUUGCCUCGCUCGAGCACAAGUGCGUUCCCAUCAUGGGAGCGUCCAAGGAGGAUGUGGCCAUUGAGCUACAAUAUCCCACUCUGCAGCGUCGAGAAAAGUCAGUCAAUUCUCAUCGCAUCUCCCCUCGUCUGAAACCGCGCGGCCCCUCACCCCACCCCUCCCGAAUGCUUCGUCUAUUCAGAAGGUUUGAGCUCGUUUGGGGCAAGGACAAGAUCGAUGCCGUAGAGGCGAGUAUACGCAUAGUACGCCUGGUUGCCGAAACCUAUCUCACCGACGUCGAGGCCGAGCCCUUUACCAACCAGACCAACGGAUUCAUUCGACGACUUGAAAAAGCCUCGAAUCGCAACAUCCAGGACCUGGCGGGCUUCAAAGCCGCUCUACGCGAGUACAACGAGACGCUCCUCGCCUUGGUCGAGGACGGCGUCGUGGCCAAGAACCUCGAAAACCUGCACCAACUGCCCCCGCAUCUCGCAGCCUUUAUCCUCGACCAGAUCUAUGACCGUACAGUGGCUCCCAAGGUGGAACUUCUCUCCAAGUACGAGAAUGGAACAGACUUUGUCUAUGGCGAACUUCUCCACCCCUUCAUCACCAAGCUCCUCGUCGAGCAGUGCAACAUGACAUCCGACCAAGUCUUUGUCGAUUUGGGCUCGGGCGUGGGCAACGUCGUUUUACAGGCAGCGCUCGAAGUCGGAUGCGAGAGCUGGGGCUGUGAGAUGAUGGAGAAUGCGAGCAACCUGGCAGAGGCUCAAGAGAAGGAGUUUCAUGCGCGAUGCCAGCUUUGGGGCUUGAAGACGGGCGAGGUACACAUCGAACGGGGUGACUUCCGCAAGAACGCCUCGAUCCACGAUGCCCUGAAGCGGGCCGACGUCGUGCUCGUCAACAACAAGGCGUUUACUUCGCAGCUCAACGAGGACUUGAUCCGCAUGUUCCUCGACCUCAAGUCGGGAUGCAAAAUCAUCUCGCUGAAAUCCUUUGUGGCCGACUCCAAGAGCAGCCACAACAUCAACGACGUGGGAAGCACCAUCCUUGAAGUCGAGGAGUGCACGUAUCCCGAAGGCUACGUCAGCUGGACCAACGCCGGCGGGCAGUACUAUAUCUCCACGCGGAAAUAG